GUCUCUCACCCCUGAAAUCAGUGUUAAACAGGAUCAUAUCAAAAUUUUAGGAAUUGUUUUUAAUGCUGCAAAUACAAGCACCCCAAAUUGGGAUUCAGUUUUAAUAAAAAUGGAAAGGAAGGUUUUAAUGUGGAAUUUGAGAAAGCUCACAAUGGAAGGGAAAGUUUUAAUCAUAAAAAUGAUUCUAUUACCUAUUAUGCUCCAUGUGGCUCUGGUUUUCCCUCCUUCUUACUUAUACAUAAGAAAACUCACCAGGGUAUGUUUUAAGUUUUUGUGGGGUUCAACAAUGGAGAAAUUAAAGAGAGAUUAUAUGUAUAAAGAGAAGAUAAAUGGCGGUAAAGAUGUUCCCAACCUUCUUUUAUUCUUUUAUGUUAAAUAUUUCUGCUUUUGUUUUAAACUUUUAAAUACGGAUGGAAUUUUUAGUUGCUUUCUUAAAUAUGCAGCAGGUAUGAUUUUUAAACAUUGGUUCCGGGUUCCUUUGAAUUCACCUGUAUUAUUAUGUCCCCCAAAGCACUAUGUGGUACUUGAAAAGGCAAUUAGAUCCUUCCGCCUGAAAGAGGUCAACUCUGAAAUAUUGGGGAAUCAAAAACAGGUUACCAAGGUUUUAAAGAAAAAUGAUGAAAUUGUUUUAUCUGUUUCAAAUUUUUCCCAGCAAAAAUCUAAGAAAGUGUGGCGCAAUGUGUUUGGGAAGUAUCUUGCAAAUGUCCACAAAGACCUCUCUUGGGCCAUUGUCCACCAGUGCCUCCCCACGCGUGAAUUCCAACAUAAAAGGGGGAUGUUGGCACGGGGGAAAUGCCCGAGGAACUCAUGCUGCAAUGAUGAGACCAUAUUACAUGUGUUUUGGAAUUGCCCCUAUGCGCAAGAGCUCUGGAAAACAGUAGGACCUCUUUUUAAGCAAGUUGGGGAUCUUAAGAAUUUUAAUUAUCAAAUGGUUUUAUAUGGUCUUUUUAUUUGUCCAUCCAUAAAACAGUUUGAAAUUUGUUGGAUGAUAAUUAAUUGUUUGAAAAAUGCUAUUUGGAAAUGCAGAAAUAUUUUACUUUUUAAAACUGAUGUUAUCGAUGUUAAAACCUGUAUUCGAAUUGCUUUUAGUCAAAUGUAUAUUUAUUUUUUAAGAGAUAAAAAAUAUCUCGGAAAUGAAAAAGCAAUGUUAAUUUGGGGGUUUAAACAAUGGAAUAAUAUUGUCAAGUAAUUCUGUCAAAUUUACUUGUCAAGAAAUGUGAAAAUAUUAUUUUCCUGUUUUAGUUCUGUAAUUUAUUAUUAUUGAUUUUUUCUGAUGAUGUAAUUA